AUGGCGGCGGCCGCGCGCAGGGACCCGGCUCAGAUGGGAUAUGUGACAUUUGAAGAUGUGGCCGUGUCCUUCUCCUGGGAGGAAUGGGGGCUCCUUGAUGAGGCUCAGAGACGCCUGUACCUGAAUGUGAUGCUGGAGAACUUGGCUCUUGUGGCCUCACUGGGUUGCUGGCAUGGAGCAGAGGAUGGGAAGGCACCUUCAGAGCAGGCUGCUUCUAUAGGAGUGUUGCAGCAUCAGAAAGUCCACACUGGAGAAAGGCCCUAUAAUUGCAAUGAAUGUGGGAAAUUCUUCACCCACAUCUCCAGUUUCAUUCAACACCAGAGAAUUCACACUGGGGCAAAGCCUUAUAAAUGCAGCAGAUGUGGGAAAUUCUUUGGCCAGAGCUCCAGCCUUAUUGUACACAAGAGAGUUCACACUGGAGAAAAGCCUUAUGAGUGCAGUGAAUGUGGGAAAUCCUUUAGCCAAAGUUCCAGUCUCAUUAAACAUCAGAGAGUUCACACUGGAGUGAGGCCUUACGAGUGCAAUGAAUGUGGGAAAUGUUUUGGUGACACCUCCAGCCUCAUUAAACACCGUAGAGUUCACACUGGAGAGAAACCUUAUGAGUGCAGGGAAUGUGGGAAAUUUUUUAGCCAAAGUUCUGGCCUCAUUCAACACCAGAGAGUUCACAGUGGAGAAAGACCUUAUGAGUGUAAGAUAUGUGGGAAAUCCUUUACCCGCAACUCUGACUUCAUUCAACACAAAAGGGUUCACACUGGAGAGAGGCCUCAUGAGUGCAGGGAAUGUGGAGAAUUCUUCAGUGACACCCAGUUUGCUCAACACCAAAAAAUUCACAUCAGAAAAAGGUCUCAUGAGUGCAACAAAUGUGCAAAAGCUUUCAGCCGAAGGUCUAACCUCAUUAGACACCAGAAAGUUUACCACCACACAGAAAGGCCAUAUAUGUGCAGCAGAUGUGGGAAAACCUUCAGUCAGUGGUCUGCUGUGAUUCAGCACCAGAAAGUUCACAACGCAGAUCGGCUUUAUGAGUGCAGUGAAUGUGGGAAAGCCUUUAGCCGAAGGUGUAACCUCAUCCGACACAAAAAAGUCCACACUGGAGAGAGACCUCAUGAGUGCAGUGAAUGUGGGAAAGCCUUCAGCCGGAAGUCUCACCUCAUUGGGCACCAGAAAGUUCACACAGCAAAGCCAUAGCCAUGCAAGGAGCAGGCUUUCUACAUGUUUGAUACA